AUGGCACCCAUGAUCAACACGGACGGCAGCGCCGAGAGGCGCAAGCCGCUGUUGGAGCUCGCCAUGCACGACCGUGAGAGCCGGCUGCGCCAGGCGGGCCAGAGCCCCAUGUACCUGCCCUACAUUGACGAGGACGGCAACAUGCCCAACGGGCAGGAGAUGGCGCCCGAGAUCGUCCCCGCGCUCGAGCGGCUCGGCAUCGCCCUCGAGAACCGCAUCUCGUACGUCACGCCCACGCCGGCCAUGAUGGUCACGCCCGAGCUCGACGAGACGAGUCCCCUGGACAGCCAGCUUCAUUGCUUCACCCAGAUGGGGUACCCCAAGGAGUUGGAUAUCUUGAAGGGAAGUGGUCAUUUGGACUGGAUGUUCAAGGAUCUAGAGCAGAUUCUGCGCAGGCAGUUUGACUUUCUGAAGAGACACAUGGAGUUCUGA